GGCCACCCUUCAGCAAGAUGAAAUAUGACUCCAAUAAUCUGACCUAAAAGUACGACCAAGCCCGGCCUCAGGCGUUCAGAGUCAUUCUUCAUCAUAUUCACUCACUUUUUGGGAGUUCCUACGCGAACCUCCGCCCUCAUUGCUGACCAACAACCACGACCGACUACUGUUCAAACCAUCCGAACGUGGCCAGACGUGUCGCAUUAGCAACUUCGACAACCGCAUACAGGGAAUCACAACACGCCCUUAAUUUUACACAAACAUAUCAGGGUGAGAUGGCAUCACAGGGCGCUGGUUUCGCUUUCGACAUGUCCAACAUGGAUUUCGGCACAACAUUCGCCAUUCCGCAACUUCACCAACAGCCAGCUUCGAAACCUGUCGAGGGUGAUACUUCGACUUCUUUCUUCUUCGGCGACGAGGGUAUCGACACCGGGUCUUUCUGCACUGACACAUUCAACCCGGCAAUGUUAUCGUUGUCCCAGGAGCAGACCUACCUGCCACAAAUCAUGGACAACACUCUAGGAAACUCUUUGGCGACGACGGCCUGGGACGACCAGCUCGCCCCGAAUACGUUCGACUCACUAAACACGUUCAUGCCCCUGACACCUGCGCAGUCGUUCGACUCUGUUUACCCGCACUCACAGCUCGGUUCUGCCCUGGGCAAGAGGUCUUUGCAACUCGAUAUGCACGACUUCCCUGUGGCCAAGCGCCAUGAAUCUCUCGGAGAGUACACUACCAUCUCUCCGUUACAGUCUUCGACGGCGACUACCUCAAGCUGGACGUUUGAUACUCAACCUACGCCAGCCUCCUCCAUGGAGAUGGGUCUUUCGGAUGAGGCUGCCGAUGUAUGUACCAUGUGGUUCAACAAGUACGCGGUCUUGCCCAGCGAUAAGCAUAUAGAGUCACUGAGCCAGCUGACUGGCGAACCGGCUCCCGCCAUCCGAAGCUGGUUCGGGCGACUCAUCAAGCAGGGCAUGGGUGACGGCCACAAUUCCGACUCUGCCUAUAGGUCACAGACGGCCCUCAACCAGCGAGACCAGUUCUGGAACGAGCCGCUGCAGGCCGAUCCCCUCCAGCAAACACAGUCAGGGCCACACCAGCAGCAACACGAGGUAACCACCAUUCCAGAGGUUACCCACAGCCACGACACUACCACUACCAGUCCACCAGCUACCACCCUUCGAGGUGGUAAGAAGCGCUGUGCGCCAACAAACGACGUCGAAUUACUUACCAGAGACCCCAACAAAAUCUACCAGUGCACGAGGAAGUGCGGCAAGCGUUACGGGCGGAAGUGCGACUGGAAGAGGAACGAGGAAGAGGGCUACCCAUGCAAGUCAUGGGUUUGCAGCUUGUGUACGAGCGAGGGUGUGCAGAAUGUGAAGCCAUGCUUCAGGAAGUACCACUUCUCGCAGCAUUUCAGGAAUAUCCAUCCUGGCCUCAAUGCUGAUGACCAUGACGAGUCGAGCGUCGUCUGCUCCGAAACCGAAUUCCCAAGGAGGUGUGGGUUUUGUCGACACAAGUUCAGUUCAAGGCAAGAGCGCAUCGACCACAUCGCGGACCACUUCAAGCAGGGCAAGUGCAUGCUCGACUGGACAGACGACCACAAUGAGGAUAACGAAGAUUCCGAUGACAGCAACGACGACGACAGUCGACCUGGCGACGACGGCUUCGACGGCAGCAAGCCUUCCUAUCAUCCACCUGGCAACAACUCUGGAGGCAGCCCUGACUCCAAGUACUAUGGUGGUAGCGGCGGUAGCGGCAGCAACGGCGAUGCCUCAGGAGGUGGCUUCUUCCAGUUCCAGCUUUCACAACUCGAGGGCGGCCAUACCGGUGAUCAGUGUUCAAUCGGAGAGCAACUCAUCAAACCAGUACUUCCUACCCAACACCACCAGCGACUCGUUCAAUCAGAACUUCCUACCCAUGAUUGCGAGCAACACUCGGAACCGAUGCCCGAUCCGGGAGAGCCAGGCUCAUGUGUACCACCCUCUAUACCAAAGAAGCAUGUAUCGUCAGAGGGAGAUGCUACGGACAGUACAGAUACCUUGGCCCGAGAUGAUGUUUCUGGCACCUUGAUUGAGGUACCACGACGACGUUCAUCUCCCAAGACCAUGCAUUCCCCCAGCGGCGUAACCCUAAAUGCAAUUUCACUAGCCACGUCGUCCGCAUGCGGCAUCUGCCCGCUUCUAACGCCGGCUCAGGACAUGCAGUUGGCUACCACGCGCCAUAGUCCGGACGUAUUCAAACACAGUUUCAAGACGUUGCAGAAUACUACAAUCCCAGUAGACGCGCACUCGUUCCUCAGCAUCAGACUACUCGGCGCAGGUGGUUUCAGUACGGUCGACGAGGUCGUACAUCGCGAGACAAACUUACGUCUUAGUCGAAAAACACUGAAGAACCGCGACCAAUCCGCCAUCGAAGAGUUGCAGAAGGAGGUGAACGUACUCAAGAAACUACGCCAUCCCCACAUAAUCCGACUCCUCGGGUCGUACUCGAUGGGUGAUAGGAUGUCGAUCCUCCUUUCUCCUGUCGCGGAGACAAAUCUCGCGCUAUGGCUCGCUCAACCCACUGUACUGAAGCCGGCCAAGCUUUCUGGAAUGGUCGCCAAGAUGGGCGGCUGUCUCGUAUCGUCAGUCCGAUACCUUCACGAACAACGACCGGCAAUUAGACAUGGAGAUAUCAAGCCUCAGAACAUCCUAGUCAUGCAGGGCGACCAAGGCUUCCCUCGCGUAGUACUCAGUGACUUCGGCACCAGUUCGUCUGAUGAGCUGAACAUCGGACAAUCCAAGCCACUGACACGCCAAUACAUCGCACCGGAGGCCCUGAACGGAACCCCCCGAAAGGAAGCUGCUGAUAUCUGGAGUCUGGGGUGUGUAUUCCUCGAGAUGAUGACUUGGGCACUCGACCAACGCAACGCCAAAUGGCUCGGCGAGCGUGCGGGUAAAUGCUACUGGCAAGACGUGUUAGGCCUUCAGGCUGGACUCGAGGAUCUCCUCCUGGAAGCGCCGACUCCCAAGGAGCAAAUCGCAGUCCGCACGGUCAAGGCUAUGCUGAGUGCUGAACCCGAGGAGCGACCAAGUGCAGCGUCGCUGAGCAUGACGUUUACCCCUGCUUCUUGCUGCCUUAACUGGGCAAACAACGAGGCUAUCUUCCCGGGACCGGACGAAGAGCUCCUUGCGGCAGAACUGGCUGGCCAUGAACACGGCAUCGAUUGCCAGCAUCAAGUUGACUUGAAUGGCACUGGCAAACCCAACCAUGGCGUAUUCAUCAACGAUGGCAACCUGUCUGAACCAAACGCGAACGUCCAGGACGAGCUUGAAGAAUCCCCAGACGUCAACAAGCAGCUAGAAGGAUUUCCCGACGACAACCACUUGUUUAGGAAACACGCCUUCGACAACGCCAAACACUGGCUUGAAGCAUGCACCCACACGCACGACACCUGCCGUCGCCCCGACACCGCGAGCAACACCGACGCCCUCCCCACCCGCCUAGUAGACAUCCACCCCCUUGGACAGGACAGCCCCUACAUCCGCGCCAUCAACAGCGCCACCCUCACCCCUCAAACCGCAUACAUAGCCCUAAGCCACGUCUGGGACCCCACGGAUACCAUAUCCCUAAGCCGCGACUUCCUCAAAACCCAACACCAGGACUUCCCCCGCGCCGCCCUGCCGCGCACGUACAACCGCGCCAUCCACGCCGCGCACCGCUUGGGGUACAGAUAUAUCUGGGACGACCGCCUAUGCAUCAUGCAAGAUUGCGAGGCAGAUAGACGCGUGCAAUGCGCGCGCAUGGCGUCUGUGUUCCGCAACGCUGCGUUGACGCUCGUGCUCGAUCAGCUACAUACGAACGACAAAGACAGUAGCAACGACAAACACCGCAGCACAACCGCCCACAACCCAGUAAUCCCGGACUCCGUCCUAGCAGCCCCGGGCUUCGCAUGGGACACGCGCGCGUGGGCCCUGCAAGACCGCCUGCUUAGUCGGAGACUGCUGCGUCUUGGGACGAGGCAGAUGUACUGGGAGUGUGGCGCGUUGAGGGCGUCGGAUGUUUUUCCGCAAGGACUGGCGCCGCUGGUUUGGGAGAAGGUUCAUUGUUUGCCGGUGACGAGGAUGACGGCGAAGAAAGAUGCGGCGUGUGCAGCGCCUCAUGAGUGUGCAGCGCCUAUGGACGAGCAUCGAGAUGCAGAUCGAGAUGAAGAUCGAGAAGCAGCGUCCGAAGCGCGUUCUGCGCGGGCGUGUGUGUAGUGUUGGAUGCGGCUUGGAAGUAGGAAGUAGGAAGUAGGACUACAGUGUACGGAAGAGGAUAUGAAGGGAACGGCGUUACUUUGCACAUUUGAUUUCGAGUAUCUUUUCAUCAUCGGUGUUUUGGUGUUGAUGGGUUCAAUCUUGUUCAAUCUUGUUCGAUACAAUACUAUCACAUCAUAUCAUGUCAUAUGCAC